AUGUUUGGUAACAACCAGUUUUCAGUGCGGACCACCACUGCCGAGGCUGCCGCUGCAGUUGCACAAUACCCAGACCCCCAUGGUGUGCUUGGAUACUGGGCCGUCGUAGGCCACGGAUUCAACAUUGCGUCGAUUGUCAGCUCUAUCUUUGUUAUUGGAGCGACCAUCGUCCUCUCUAUCCGCAACCGCGAGUUGUUUUCCCGCCCGUCCUUUCGGCUCUCCGGGUGGAUUGCCGCCGCUGACCUCAUCUACUCGGUAACUCAGCUCUUUGUCUUCAACAACGACUACAUGUCAACGCUCUCCGAGGCCAACCUCCGUGCAAUUGUGUGGAUGCUGGCUGGUAGCGUUGUGUCGUUCGUCUUCCUGACUGUCUGCAUCGGAAUCCACCUUGUUCUGACGGUGCUGAUGCGUAAAACGCACAUUGCAAACCGGAUCCAAGGCUACUACGAGUACGUCUCGUUUGUUCUGGGCUUUCUGGUUACCCAUUCGUACAUGUACAUGUACGAGAAGAUUGGCUGGAUGCCGUCAAUGCAAGUGUUCCGUAUUGCAACGUCAGAGUCUGAGUACAACCGCAACAUCUGGGUUGCACACUACAUGUGGACAGCUGCCGGCAUCGUCUUUCUGUUCAUCAUUUCGAUUCUGAUCUACCUGCAGAUGAUGAGCGUCAUAAACCGUGUCGAGGAGACCCAGGGUCCCGAGAAGCUGGACAUGCUUGACGGCUCUACCCUCAACAUGAUGACCGACAUGCGUCGCAAGUACAUCAGGUCGGCGACUCUGCGCAUUGCCUGCUACCCGAUUGUGCCUAUUGUCACUCAGACGUGGAACAUCGUCACAAACAUGAUUACAGACAGCCAGCCCUUCUGGCUCUACAUCAUGGCAAACCUGAUGCCGGCUACCCAGGGAAUGAUCAACAUGCUCAUCUUCCUGAUGAACCCAGCAUUUGACAAGACCCAUCAGAGGAUCACAAAGUACGUCCGUCGCACAUGCAGCCGCAAGAACCGCAACAUCCCCAGCAAGCUGCCUCUGCACAGCUCGAGUGAGGAUUUUGCAUGCAAGGAAGAUGCCUCAACAACGCAGCUCAGCUACAAUCUCAAGUCUGGCUCGCAGGCUGCAGCAGACAAAAACACAAACACAAACUACUUGUGUAAUUACGAUGCUAACCGCUCGACUGACACGAUCCAAUUCUCGACAACACUGUGA